UUCCACAUUCCACCCCUUAUAGUUUUUUGGGCUGUGCUGUUUUCUUGAUUCUUUCAAGAUUUUCCCCCUUUUUUUCCCUCAGGAAAAUUCAGAGAGACCCAUCUGAAGAAUCUCCAAAGAAAAUGGCAGAAUCAAUAUCUCAUUAUCCUUUCUGACCCUUGGACUAAUAGUUCUCUGCUUCAUGACCAUGUUCUCAAUUGGGUCAAGCGUUGGAGUGAACUGGGGAACGCAGUCAAACCACCAGCUCCCGCCAGAGAAAGUUGUGAAAAUGCUGAAAGAAAAUGGCAUCAAGAAGCUGAAACUGUUCGAAUAUGAUGAGAAGAUUCUGGGGGCUCUCGCUGGGAGCAAAAUCGAAGUGAUGCUUGCCGUUCCUAAUUACAUGCUGGAGAUUAUGAGCGUGGAUCCAAGUUUUGCUGCCUCUUGGGUGGACACGAAUGUCACCAGUUACCGAUACACCGGUGGAGUUAAUAUCAAGUACAUUGCUGUAGGAAAUGAGCCCUUCUUGCAAAGCUACAAUCACAAGUAUGUCCGACAAGUAUUGCCAGCCCUCCGGAACAUUCACGAGGCCCUCCACCGUGCCCGGCUAAGCUCCAAGGUCAAAGUUACGGUCCCGUUCAACGCCGAUGUCUACUAUUCGCCGCCCCCAAACGAGUACCCUUCUUCCGGUGACUUCAGGCCUGAAGUUCGUGAUGCAGCGAUAGAAAUUAUUCACUUCCUAUACAUAAAUGAUUCGCCUUUCACCGUCAACAUCUACCCCUUCCUCAGCCUCUACCAAAACCAAAAUUUCCCUGUUGACUUUGCCUUCUUCGACGGAACGACUGAGCCCGUCAAAGAUGGGGAUCGGGUGUAUACAAAUGUGUUUGACGCGAACUUCGACAUACUCGUCUCGGCCUUGACUAAAGCAGGGUACUCUGACAUGGAGAUCUUAGUUGGAGAAAUUGGGUGGCCGACUGAUGGCGACAAGUUUGCAAACAUCAAAAAUGCCCAGAGGUUCAAUCAGGGCCUGCUGAAGCAUGCCUUGAGUGGAGACGGCACGCCGGCAAGGAAAGGAGUGAUCGACGUGUACCUCUUCAGCCUAAUCGACGAGGACACAAAGAACAUAGAUCCGGGGAACUUCGAGCGGCACUGGGGAUUGUUCGAGUAUGAUGGGAAGCCAAAGUAUGAACUGGACUUGUCAGGAUCGGAGAAGGACACCCGCCUUGUCCCAGUCAUGGGCGUGUCCUACAUGCCGCGGAGGUGGUGCAUUUUGAACCCCGAAUUGAAUGAUCUAACAGACCUAGGAGAGAACAUAGACUAUGCUUGCAAAUCUUCCGACUGCACUGCUCUGGGUUAUGGGUCGUCCUGUAACAACCUGAGCUCGCAGGGCAAUGCUUCCUAUGCAUUCAACAGGUACUAUCAGAUGAAUGACCAACGUAUCAUGGCCUGCGAUUUCCAGGGUCUUGCCGAGGUCACUGAGAAUGACCCGUCCACGGAAGAAUGCCAAUUCCCGUUGAUGUUAGCGUCCGGAGACUCGAUGUCCUGGAACCAGGGAUCGCUACAUACUUCGUUCAGAUUCUAUUUGUGGUUUCUGGUUUUCUGGGUAAUUUUAUAGUCCUUCUGCUAGGAGGUUGUCAGGUUUUGCUACUACAGAUGCUAGGGGGAAUAACAUCAGCUAUUUGUAUUGGCAUAGUCAGAAAUCUAAGUAUUUUUGCCAAGGAAUGAUAAUAUCCUUCGAGUC